ACCUUGAAGCAAGUGUUCUUUGUAUAAAAUCUGAAGGUUAAAAAGAAAGGGAAAUGGGAUUUGAAGACAGGUUGCUCAGUUUCCUUUAGCAAUGAACUGCAGGCAGAAGCUCUUCCAGGUAGUAUUACACACCUGCUCCCCUCACAGCCUUGGAGAGGAUCUCGGAGCGUCGGCUUUCUGCUUCCUGCACUCCGGGUCCCCGGAGUCCCUUCUGAACCUGGCCCCCGUCCUCCUGGCUCAUCAUGUGAUCUCUUGCAGAACAUCUCGUCCAACGUGCUGGAGGAAUCUGCGGUCUCCGAUGACACCCUGUCACCCGACGAGGACGGAGUGUGCUCUGGCCGGUACUUCACGGAGAGCGGCCUGGUGGGCCUCCUGGAGCAGGCCGCAGAGCUCUUCAGCACGGGAGGAUUGUACGAGAUGGUCAAUGAGGUCUACAAGCUGGUCAUCCCCAUUCUGGAAGCGCAUCGAGACUUCCGGAAGCUGACCUCCACUCAUGACAAGCUGCAGAAGGCCUUUGACAACAUCAUUAACAAGGAUCAUAAGAGAAUGUUUGGAACUUAUUUCCGAGUUGGUUUCUAUGGAUCCAAAUUUGGGGAUUUGGAUGAACAAGAAUUUGUUUACAAGGAGCCUGCAAUUACAAAGCUUCCUGAGAUCUCCCAUAGACUAGAGGGAUUUUAUGGUCAGUGUUUUGGUACAGAAUUUGUGGAAGUGAUAAAAGACUCUGCCCCUGUGGACAAAACCAAGUUGGACCCUAACAAGGCCUACAUUCAGAUCACGUUUGUGGAGCCCUACUUUGAUGAGUAUGAGAUGAAAGACAGGGUAACCUAUUUUGAGAAGAAUUUCAACCUGCGGAGGUUCAUGUACACAACGCCCUUUACUCUGGAGGGGCGGCCCCGGGGGGAGCUGCACGAACAGUACCGCAGGAACACCGUGCUCUCCACCAUGCAUGCCUUCCCCUACAUCAAGACCAGGAUCAGCGUCGUCCAGAAGGAGGAGGUAAUGGCCCAGAGGGAGAGGGGUACUGGGUGCAACACCAGACCUCUCCGUCGUAACCUGAAAGAGCUGGUGGGAGAGCUGAGUGGUAGAGGCGCUGCGUAGAAUGCGUGACUUCUGGGUUCUCUGAGCACUGUCAGAGAGGGAGGCAGAGACAGAGACAGAGGGACUUACAGUGUUAUCACAGAGCUGUCCUCUUGUUCUUUGGUGCCAGGGAAUCUCAUUUAAGCAGCUGCCUGUAUGCUUUAUAAAAUACCAUUUCAUCUUAAAUAUUUAACACUUUAAAGUUACAGCUCUAGUAUAAAUGUUUACAUAUUUAAUUUUAAUACUUUUUUCCUCUUUUUUAAGUGUGUGUGUGUGGCUUUAGGGAUCGAACCCUAGGUCUCAUGCAAGCUCUGUACUACAUCCCCAGCCUUUUUUCUUACUUUUGAGACUCAUUUUCACU